UGUCAGGUGGUGAAUACACUGAGCCAAUAAAUCUGAUUCCUGCAAAGCGUCCCCGGCGACAGGACUGGGAUGGAGAGCUCUAUGAGAAUGGCUCUUUUUACAUCGGGACCAGGGACCUCAUCCUAAAAGAAAAUUCAACGCAGGGCAGGAAGGUGGCCUAUUUUGAGAUGGAGCCGGAGCACAGCGUGGACAUAGAUGUGGACAUUGAUUGGCCGGUGGCGGAGGAGAGAGUUCUCAGAUUUGGUUACUUUGGUAGAGGAGUGUCUUUAAUGUUCUGUAGGGUUUCCAGAUGUUUGACAGAUGGGAGGGUGUUUCUGUCUGCAUCUGGAGAGGACAUUGUGUCCAUCCAAACUAAAGACACAACAGGGCUGAGGAUGCUGCAGAACGAUGGCGUGGAGGUGGUGCUGCUGAUCUCCAAUGAAGACCCUGUGACCCAAUCAAUGGCUGAGAAACUGAAGAAGGUGAUGGGCUGUGAGGUUAUGGAUGUUGGGGAUGAUCCACUGAGGGAUGUGCAGUUAGUAGUGGAGAAGAAGAGACUCGACUGGAAGGAUGUGGCCUACAUGGGUAAUGAUAGAGCAGAUGCAGCCUGUCUGAACCUGGCAGGUCUGAGUGGAGUACCUGCAGACGCUCCAAGGGAUGCUGCUGAUGCUGCCAAAUACACCUGCCACCAGGCUGCAGGGACUGGAGCAGUGAGGGAGUUCGCCGAACACGUCCUCCUGCAGAAAGAAAAGGCUAAAACCCAGAUGAAGCAGGACCGGAUCGACCGUAAGAACUUCUGAAGUACGAAAGAAAUAAUGCAAAGUAGCAGAGGAUUGUAAAAGAGGGUCUGCUAGUAUAAUCUCUUUCCUGGAAAAAUAAAUAACCUACAAGGUAGAUCUUGACAUUGACAAUAUGGGCAGUUGGAAGGACCGUUUAGAAAAGAUGGAACCAAUCUGACAGAGAGGUUUUCUGCAGGGUACAGGUUAUCCAAAACUGGUAAAAUAAAUACCUCAUUUAUCAAACAUUAACUAUAUCUUAUAAAAGGGUCAAUACAUUUUUUCAGC